AUGGGCAUCGUGUCGGUCCUGCUCGCACGGGGCACGUAUCCUCUCGGCAACCCGCGCCACCCACUGUCGAAGCAAGGAGUUGGAACCAUGAAGCUCUCGGGCAUCACCGCCCGCGCCUGCGCCCCCCAGGGCGUGCGCGCCCGCGAGUCGUCGAGGCGCGCGACUUGCGUCCGUGCUGCGCCCGACGGUGACAGCUGGCUGCAGCAGGCGGGGCGCAAGGCGGCCGCCCUCUCGCUCGCCGGCCUCAUGACGCUGGCGCCCGUUGCUCCAGCUCUGGCGUCCGAGUUCGACAUCCUGGCGGAGGCCGCGCCCCAGGGCACGUACAUCGUCGACGACGCCGGCGUGCUGAACACCGUCACCCGCAACGAGGUCAACAAGCAGCUCUACAACCUGGAGAAGGAGACCGGCUUCAAGCUCAACGUGGUGACGAUCCGGAAGCUCGAGUUCGACCCCGACGUCUUCUCGUUCUCCGACAAGGUGCUGGAGAAGUGGUACCCCACCAAGGAGGUCGGCGACAAGAAGGGCGUCCUGCUGGUGGUGACGACGAGCAAGGAGGGCGCGAUCUCUGGGGGCCCCGCGUUCCUCAACACCGCUGGCGACGAUGUGCUGGACGCGGUGAUCAACAACAACAUCCCGAUCUUCACCGAGGAGGAGAAGUACAAUGAGAGCGUGACGUCCUCGGUGAAGCGGAUCGCCUCGGUCCUCGAAGGCAAGCCUGACCCGGGUGGCCCGGAGCGCAAGACCACGAAGCGCAAGCGGACGUUCCGGACCAAGGAGGAGACGGAGAAGAGCAAGAGCGUGACGUCGACAGUCGUGCUGACGCUGCUCUUCAUCUCGGUCGUGGUGCCCAUGCUCCAGUACUACGGCUACACGGCCCGCGACUAG